AUGGGGAGAUUGGUCUGUUUGCUCCGAGGAAUAUGGAUCAUGACUCCGUAUGGGAGGUGGGAAUUUCGUAGCGAUCCUUCAGAUCUUGGUUAUGGUGCUAACCUUCACAACGACGAAAGCUUUGAGUCAUUAUUAGGCAACGUGAAGAGAAGGUACUUGCUUGAAACUGCUUCCCCGGUGGCUCUAACCUACCGACUGCCAGAGUUGCUCCCGGAUCCUUAUAUUAACAGUGGCCCGCCUUCUGAUAUCUUGUCAGACGAAGAUGUCUUCGUUUUUAUGUCUAUUCGGUUUUGCUACCCAGAGUUAACACUUUGUGUCACCGUUGGUGCGAAAGCGGUGGCUACAUACUAG